AUGGCCUACGUGGACCUUCAUCAUAUCCUCAAGGAUCAUGCUCCUCGGAAAUACAUUCUAGUGGGGCGUAAGUUGACGCUGCAAGCAGGCACCGGUUUCGCUCUCCUAGUUGCCAUUCUACCCGAAGAAAGCACGAGGGCUGGGACACUUUCAGGUUCCCCAAGCCUAGACAGGGAAAGUCGAGAGGCAGAGGUCGGGUCCGAACCACGGACUUUCCGCACAAACGCCGCCGCAGUCGUCGCAAAUCCAGCUUGUGCAGCCUCCGGGUUCAACAAUUCUGAUGACAUUCGUGUGUCUUGCACGCUUGAGAUGUCUGGCUUGAAGGUGGUUGAACACCUGGACGUUUAUGAGCUCGACCUGAAGAUUUUCCAGCAACAGAAAUCUGAGCAGUUAACUCUUCAGUUUUCAGCGGCUGAUCAGCACUGUGGUUACCUCCCACUUAAGCAGGAUAUUUCAUCACCCAUCCUUCAAUCACGGAAACCACCACGUGGUUAUAUAUUGUCUGACUUCGCGAGUGACGACUUCUCAUAUAGGAUGGCUUGGUGUUUGCUUUCUGGUGCUCCUAAAAGUUGUGGAGCUGACGCUAAAACGAUUCAGUGUUAUUUCAGCGAUAAUCUCCAAGCUUUGCUUGAUAAAUGCACCGUUGAUAGCAGUGAUUACACUCAAUUCCCAGAUAUAUGA